AUGGAGAAGCAGGGCCGGCCGGCCUCCUCCUGCUCUCUGGUUCUCCUGGAGGAGAACAAGAAGAACCCGCUGCUCCUCUCUAAUGGGGGGGGUUCCGCUAACGGGAGCCUGGUGCCGCUGGCGGCCGGGUCCGGGUCCGGCGGGGCGGUGCCGGUACCGGGACCCGGACCCGGGUACCCGGAGCGGGAGACCUGGACCCGGCAGAUGGACUUCAUGAUGUCCUGCGUGGGCUUCGCUGUGGGGCUCGGGAACGUGUGGAGGUUCCCUUACCUGUGCUACAAGAACGGAGGAGGUGUCUUCCUGAUCCCCUACCUGCUGAUCGUGUUCGUGGGAGGAAUCCCGAUCUUCUUCCUGGAGAUCGCUCUGGGUCAGUUCAUGAAGGCCGGCAGCAUCAACGUGUGGAACAUCGCUCCGUUAUUUAAAGGUCUGGGUUACUCCUCCAUGGUGAUUGUGUUUUUCUGCAACACUUACUACAUCAUGGUGUUGGCCUGGGGCUUCUACUACCUGAUCAAGUCCUUUAACUCCACCCUCCCCUGGUCCACCUGUGACAACGAAUGGAACACGCCCAACUGCAUCGAGAUCUUCCGUCACCAGGACUGUGACAACGGCAGCCUCGCCAACGUGACCAUCAGCGGGAACAUGACCUGUGCCGAGCUGGCGAACGCCCAAUCGCCCAUCAUCGAGUUCUGGGAGAGAAAGGUGCUGAAGAUUUCUUCUGGUCUGGGUGACACCGGAGAGUUCAACUGGGAGCUGGCUCUGUGUCUGAUGGCCGUCUGGGUCAUGGUUUACUUCUGCGUCUGGAAGGGAGUCAAAUCCACUGGAAAGAUUGUGUACUUCACGGCGACCUUCCCCUACGUGGUUCUCAUAAUCCUGCUGGUCAGAGGAGUCACACUGCCUGGAGCCUACGAAGGCAUCAUGUUCUACAUCAAACCUGAUUGGUCCAAACUGGAGGAGGCUCAGGUGUGGAUCGAUGCCGGCACACAGAUCUUCUUCUCCUAUGCCAUCGGGCUGGGAGCUCUGACGGCUCUGGGCAGCUACAACCGCUUCAACAACGACUGCUACAAAGACGCCUUCGUCUUGGCUCUGAUCAACAGUGGAACCAGUUUCUUUGCUGGUUUUGUUGUGUUUUCUAUUCUGGGCUUCAUGGCUGCUGAGCAGGGAGUCCACAUCUCGCAGGUCGCUGAGUCAGGUCCUGGUCUGGCCUUCAUCGCGUACCCGAAGGCCGUCAGUCUGAUGCCGGCCGCUCCUCUCUGGGCGGCGCUCUUCUUCUUCAUGCUGCUGCUGCUGGGACUCGACAGUCAGUUUGUCGGGGUGGAGGGUUUCGUUACUGGAAUCCUGGAUCUGUACCCUGGAAAAUACCAGUACCGCUACAAAAGGGAGAUCUCUGUGGCCAUCUGCUGCUUUCUGUGCUUCAUCAUUGACCUCUCCAUGAUCACGCAGGCGGGAAUGUACGUCUUCCAAUUGUUUGACUACUAUUCGGCCAGUGGAAUGACUCUGUUGUGGCAAGCAUUCUGGGAAUGCAUAGUAGUUGCCUGGGUCUACGGUGCUGACCGUUUCAUGGACGAUGUGGCUCGUAUGAUUGGCUACCGGCCGUUCCCCUGGAUGAAGUGGUGCUGGUCCUUCAUCACUCCGUGUGUCUGCAUGGGCAUCUUCCUGUUCCACCUGGUGAACUACAAGCCGCUGACCUACAACAACGUGUACGUGUACCCGUGGUGGGGAGAGGUGAUCGGGUGGUGCAUGGCUCUGUCCUCCAUGCUCUGCAUCCCCGUCAGCCUCCUCUACAAACUCGUCAGGGCCAAGGGAACCUUCAAAGAGCGCUGGGCUUACCUGACCACUCCGGUGUGGGGGCCCCAUCACCUGGAGUACAUGGCCCCCGACAUCAAGACCCUGAGCACGCUGUCCCCCGGCACCGACGACAACAAGGUCAUCAUCUUUGAGAGCGUCAUGUAG